AAUAACUGUUAAGAAGCAAUCAUAUGUGGACUUUUUGUUUAAGCAAUAUUGAUAAGAUAAAUAAUUUGCUAUAUUAAGUAAACUAUCUGAAAAUUCCAUUAAUACUUGUUAAUUUGCUUAGAAAAAAUGAUAUUUAAAUCAGUGCUGCUAGGAUGUAUAGCCUCAAUAAUUUUACACACUUGCGUUUGUGACUUUUUAAAAGAUAAGUCUCAGCAGGUCAGUGUAAAUUAUGAGAUUGGGAGUACUGGAAUUAACUUAGAAUUUUUUAGAGAUGAGAAAUCCAGACUAAGAGGCACACUAGGUAAAAACAAAUCAUUUAAAAAGGUAUCAUGUUCUGAUGAAUUCCUGUGCCAUCAAGAUGAAUUUGGUAUUUUAAAAAUAACGCCUUUGACUAUGGGGUUUAAUAUUAGUUAUGAAAGUAAUAAUACGGAUUUAUCCAUUGAGGAUUGUUAUUACUUAAAUUCGAGUAAUACUCAUUGGUAUGGCGGGCCACAACGUUACAACCAGGUAUACCCUGUGGAAAAAAUGCAGAUUAAUGGAAACGAACCUUAUGUUAUCAAAAAAUCAGAUAAUUUUGGAGUUGCAGAAAGGUAUUGGCUAAACUCAAAUGGAACAUAUAUUUAUCUCGAUGAAGAAAAUCCGCUUUGGGUCGAUCAAAAUAUGGAUAAUAGCAUAGAUCAAGUUUGUUUUAGAUCAGAAAACCUUAGUCCGUACAUAAAUCGGUGGCGGGUGAUUCUUACAUAUGUAGUCUACUUUUUCGAUAAUUCCAAAGAAGCUCAUCUAAACGCUGUAAAUAAGUACUUAGGUAAACCUACAACACAUCCAAAUGAGAAAAUGAUAACCGAACCAAUAUGGACUACAUGGGCAAAAUAUAAAAAACCCAUAAGUGAUGCCACUGUUCUAGAAUUUGGUAAAGAUAUUCAUAGUCAUGGGUAUCAGGGAGGUCAGCUUGAAAUCGAUGAUGCAUGGGAGACUUGUUAUGGGGCGCAAGAAUUCGAUGAAAGUAAAUUUUCAGAUAUUCAAAAUACAGUUGCCAAACUGCAUAACGAUAGUUGGCGAGUUUCAUUAUGGGUUCACCCUUUUGUCAAUGAUGAUUGCCAAAAUAAUUCCUUGGUGGGGCAAACUAAUGGUUACUUUGUUCAUAAUACUACCAAUCAAACAAUGGCGACAUGGUGGAAUAGUAAUGACCUUCAAGCGCAUCAAAUUGAUUUUACUAAUCCUAAAGCUGCUGCCUGGUGGUCUGACAGAUUGAAGAAGCUUCAACAAUCUGUCGGAAUUGACAGUUUUAAAUUCGAUGGUGGUGAAUCAGAUUAUAUGAAUCAGCCACCUGUUUAUGCAGAUGUAGAGCGUAGUCCAAAUAUUUUAACCGAAAAAUACAUUGACACGUGUACCACCUUUGGUGAUCUUAUUGAAGUAAGGGCUUCAUUCAGGGGUCAACGACAUGGAGAAUUUAUAAGAAUGUUGGACAAAGAUUCUAACUGGGGUCUAGAAAAUGGUUUAGCAACUCUUAUUACCACACUUUUGCAACUUAAUAUGAAUGGUUAUGUUAUGGUAUUACCAGAUAUGAUUGGUGGAAAUGGCUACUUGGGACAAAAUCCAACAGGAGAUCUUAUUGUUAGAUGGACCCAAGCUAAUACAUUUAUGCCAGCCAUGCAAUUUAGUUACUUGCCAUGGGAUUACAAAAAUGAUGUUACCUACGAUAUUGAAGCAAUAGUAAAAAAAUAUGUAGAUCUUCAUGCAGAAUAUGCUCCUAAAAUAAUUGAAGCAAUGAACAAAAGCAUUGAAGAUGGUUCUCCUGUAAACGCACCUAUCUGGUGGGUGGAUCCCAAUGAUCUUGUUGCUAGAACAGUUUCUGAUGAAUAUCUUCUCGGAGAAGAUAUCUUGGUAGCUCCAGUAAUUAUUGAAGGAAGUGUUUCAAGAGAUAUCUAUCUUCCAAGUGGCCAAUGGAAAGAUGGGAACAAUGGCACAAUUUUUCAAGGUCCAACUACUUUAAAGGAGUAUCCAGCUCCCAUCGAAGUAUUACCGUAUUUUAUUAAGCAAUAAUUUAAGAAAAUUUCUUCUAGCUGACUAAAAGCCUAUAAACUUUUUUUUACUGCAGACUAUACAAAUUUAAUAGUAAUUUUCCAUCGCUGCGUUAAUACAAAAACUUUUUUUUCAUUGUUUUAAAGAUUUCUCCAUUCAUUACUAAAAUAAAUACAAUGUAUUUUUUAUACAAAAAGAUUUUGAUAUAGUCCAUAUUUGUUGAGAGCAUAAAACAA